GAUUCAUGAAUUAAAAAUUUGGCGGCCAUUUGUGAUGAACUUAUAAAUAUAGUUGCCCGUGAAAGUAAACUAACAUCGGCACUGAAGGAGUAAUCUAUCGCAAUGUUUUCCUUCAAGAAGAAGGACAAAGACAAGGUGAUCGAGACAAAAGAAGAGCGGAGGGAAAGGAGAAAGAAAGAGAAAGAAAAGGACAAACACAAGCUUGAUCGUAAGGCUCAUGGCGAUCUUGGGAACAUAGUAGCUGGCUCUGACAACGAGGAGCAGAAGAGAGGACGAUUUAGUUUUAGAAAGCAAGAUAAACGUAGAUAUGAAGUUGAACACGGUUACGACGAUAGAAACACUUCGCCAGGCGUCGAGCAUUCAGAUUUUGCCGCUAGAACAGGCCGUUCAGGUAGCUCGGAUACAACUGGCAGUGCAGCGAGUGGUUCUGUACCUUCUCCAUAUUUGUUUGGUUCUUCUGCCAGCGUUUCUUCGAACGCUGCAUCGUCCGAUGCGGUGCAACAAGCAGGGUAUAGAGAUUCAGACGAGGAAGGGCGAUACCAAAAUGAGGUUUCGCAGGACGGUAAACCCGUUCCGAAACCGCGAGUGAAGAGAAAGAAAAGCUCCAGUAUCGAAAUCAAGUUGCAAAGUCCGAGACAAGCUUAUGACUCUUACGAAAACAAAUCUGGUGAUGCUAGCAACGAACAGAAACGAGCUCACACUGGCGAAAUGAAUGGCACUUCAGCAAUCAAUACGAGGCGUUCUGAUGAGGUUAUAUCUGCUUCACCGUCGAACGAUAAACAUGUUUCUCCGGAAAGCCCACCUCCUAAACCUCCUCGCAUACUGGCUGAUCGCACUGGAGUGGUCGAGUUCGAAGUGAAACUUAUCAACGUGGGUUCCGAAAAUGAACGAAACAAGGCUAAUUCUAACCAUCGUAUGGAGGUGGACGGACCUAUAACAGCUACAAGUACAGUACAGUCUUUCACUGAGGCACCCCUUGAUCUCGGCGAGCCGAAAAUAGUUUUGCCGCCGCGAGAUGUGAGCAGGUCGUCAGAGUCGCUUCUCUCUCCAUCAGAGAAGACUCUAGAGGAGAUGGGAGUUGAUUUGAAACUACCGGAAGUUCAGCCUGCUAUUUCGGGAGUCGCUAGGGUUAUAAAGCUGAAUAGGCGAUCAAGUGGCGAUUUUGGGUUUGCUCUGAGGCGAGCCAACGCUCCAGGUAGCGGGAAAACUGUGCACUUUGUCGAACCCGUCGGUACAAAUGGCAGUGGGGGAUUGCUCCCUGGCGAUCGCCUUGUGGAAGUUAAUGGAGUCAAUGUGGAGAACGAACCGAGGGAGAGAAUAAUCGAGAUGAUAGCUAUGUCGGGAGAGGAGGUCGUUAUCAAAGUCAUUCCUGUGCCGGAGCUAUCGGAAUUGAGCGUGAGAAGCGGUCUCGAUGGCUCAACCGUUCAACUCGACGAGUCGAAUCUGAAAGCUGGAACCCUUGCUCGCAGUGGAAGCAAAAGAAUUAAAAAGAAGGCUAAAUCAGAGGAAGAGGUCAACUCCCAGAAGGCAUGGCUAGAUGCAGAAAAAGUGUGGGUUGUUCACAAGGCAGGGUUUUCUGGUGGAAGGGUUCAAAAGACCAAGACUGUAAGAGAAGAAGAUGAAACUCCUAUGUGUAAAGUGAAACUGGAUCAUGGUGGCGAGAUUAUUACUAUUGAAGAGGACAGUGUUGAAAAGGCUAAUCCUCCACAAUAUGACAGAGCAGAAGAUCUUGCCUCCUUGCGCUACCUUAAUGAAUCCAGUUGCCUUCACACUUUGCGGCAGAGGUUUGGGAGUAACCUUAUUCACACGUAUGCUGGGCCCAACUUGAUAGUCAUCAACCCCCAGCAACAGUUAGCUAUCUACACUGAUAAAGUAAUUCAGAUGUUCCGUGGCUGUAAACAGGAAGACAUGCCACCCCAUAUCUUUGCCGCUGCACAAUCAGCCUAUAGGAACAUGCUGGCGACAAGGAUGGAUCAGUCAGUUGUGCUGAUGGGUCACAGCGGAUCAGGAAAAACCAUCAAUUCCAGACACAUCAUGCAUUAUUUAGUAGCUGCAGCCAGUUCACAGCAUUCUGCACUCACAGAUCAAAAGCUUGAAGCUAUUUAUGCUUUGUUGGAAGCCUUUGGCAAUGUCUCCACUCCCAUGAAUCACAAUGGAUCAAGGUUCACUCUGCUAUUUAGCAUGGAUUUUGACUCUGCAGGUCUUCUGACAAGUGCUUCAGUCCAGACAUUCCUCUUGGAAAAGUCCAAAGUUGUCAGGCAAUCUGAAGGGGAGAGUACAUUUAAGAUAUUCCACUAUUUGUUGGGAGGAUGUGAACCUAAGAUGAGAAAAGAGUUGCAGUUGGAGGCCAAAAUGAGUGAGACCAAUGAGUUUAUGAUGGGAUUUGACCCCAAGUCACCAGAUAACCAGGUUCUUUCUGAUAAGUGGACAGAGAUAGAGUUUGCUCUCCAAAUGCUGGGAAUCUCUGAAGAGGAGGCUAAAGGAAUCUGGGUAAUCUUGGCUGCCAUUUGUCAUCUGGGCUGUGCUGGGGUGGCUGUAGGUGCAGACAACAAGCCUCAUUUUGCCAACCCAGCAGCAGUCCAGAGAGCUGCGGCAGUCCUCGGCACCACCCAGGAGGACAUCUCUGAGAUCAUCUUUGCACCUCCAGUUGUCAAUCAGUUUACCAUAAGGAUGCGCCGCCAGAGUCAGUCUAAAACUGAACUGACUCCCUCCAGUUCUGCAGAGAACACCCCAGAGAAGCAAGCCAAAGCUACUACAGUGCAGUACAUUGAGGCAUUGGAGGGAUUUGCCAUGGGGCUGUACCAGGAAGCUUUUGCUGCUCUGGUUAGGUUCAUUAACAGGUCUCUUCAGUGUAAUGUAAGAACUGUCUCAUCAAUGCACGUGUUGGACCCUCCAGGCUUCCAAAAUCCUGCAUCGGUUGGCAAGUCUGAGGGAGCACUGUUUGACGACCUAUGCCACAAUUAUGAGUAUGAGAGACUGCAAAAGUUCUUCCAUGACACAGUGUUCACUGCACAAAUGGAAAGAUACUCUCAGGUACAAAUAAUUGGCUUGUGCAAUAGCCCUCCAGANAUGCACGUGUUGGACCCUCCAGGCUUCCAAAAUCCUGCAUCGGUUGGCAAGUCUGAGGGAGCACUGUUUGACGACCUAUGCCACAAUUAUGAGUAUGAGAGACUGCAAAAGUUCUUCCAUGACACAGUGUUCACUGCACAAAUGGAAAGAUACUCUCAGGAGAACAUAGAGUGCAGUUUUGAAAAUGUGGCAGCCUCUCCUGAUCCUGUCGUGUCCGUGUUCGAUAGAGCUGCUCAGGGUGUGACACGAGGUUCUACUUUAGACCUGAAGAGUGAACAGAAAGGCUUGCUGUGGAUCUUGGAUGAGGAAUCAAUCUUUCCAGGAGCGAAUGACAGCAGUUUUUUGGCUCGGCUUUAUGUGCACCACUGUAACGAAAAGGACACAUGGGUGAGACAGGGACCUCUCAAAGACACGUUUUACAUCAACCAUUGCCAAGGCAACCUGCCUGUCUUGUACAAUGCACGAGGCUGGCUGAAAGUGGCCAGGGAGCAUGCUACUGUUAAACAGGCUCAUCCAAUACUGGCAGAGUCCUCAAAAUCUUACUUGAAAGACAUGUUUUCACGACAUCGUUCGGCCGCCGAAGGCGUCACUCGGUCCCGGAGCCUAAAAAAGACGCUGAACACACCCACGGCGAUCAAGAAGAACUCACACUGCUUACAGCUCAUAUACCAAGUGGACACCAUUUUGGACGCCAUUCGAAAGACCAAGGUCAACUUCGUGCGCUGUAUUCUCCCCGUGGAAACCGCUGGCCAGUUUGACAGCGUUGAUGGCGAGCCCGUGAGUAGGACUGGGAAGGAGGUGUCGUCAAUGAAUGUACCGCUGAUCAGACAUCAACUCAGGUCCGCAGAAAUGCUCGAUGCUGUCAGGAUACACCGGCAAGGCUUUCCUGAGCAUAUGCCAUUUGGCGAGUUCAGGCGUAGGUUUGAUAUCCUCGCUGCUAGUCAGUUCAGGAACACCGGCCCUGUCUUGGACGAGAAGAAAAAGUUGCCUUUUACCGGUAGUGUGUUGCGGUUGACGGCAUAUAUUGUUCUUUACCACAUUGCAAUUCAUCAAAUAGGUCGAUGUUGCUUCUUGUUUGAUGGUCCAUGUUGUUGUUCCAUAGGCUUUCCUGAGCAUAUGCCAUUUGGCGAGUUCAGGCGUAGGUUUGAUAUCCUCGCUGCUAGUCAGUUCAGGAACACCGGCCCUGUCUUGGACGAGAAGAAAGCGGUGGAGACACUGUUGGACCACCUUGAACUCGAUAAAAGAAGUUAUCGUCUUGGUCUGAGCCAGAUCUUCUUCCGUGCUGGAACUCUCGCUCAGUUGGAGGACGCCAGAGACGAGAAGACAACUGGCACUAUAGUAGAACUACAGGCUUUCUGUCGGGGAUUCUUAGCGAGAAGAAACUAUAAAAAACUACAGGUUCAGUGUACAGCUAUCCGUUGCAUUCAAAAGAACAUCAGGUUUUUCCUGGCAGUUAACAACUGGCCCUGGUGGAGAUUAUAUACCAAGGUUCUUCCGUUGUUAGAUGUUCAUCGAACCGAGGAAGAACUCAAGAGCAAGUCGGGAGAGGUCGACACUUUGAAAUUAAAAUUAGCAAGACUAGAACGAGAAAAGAAAGAAUUAGAGGAAGCGAACGAGAAACUUCAACAAAAGGUAACCGAACUAUCAGCGGCUCUUGCCGACGAAAGAGAAACCGCCAGCCAUGCCAGUGAAAUGCUUGAAGGCGAAUCAAUGGAGAGAAUGAGAUUGGAACGGCAAAUGCAGGAACUACAGGAGUCCCUGGAGGACGUGAAGAAGAGAAAGGACAAGCUGGAAGUAGAACUUCUCGAAGCGAGAGCUCUGAGUGUGUCUGCGACGAGAAAUGUCGAGAGACUAGAGAGAUACGAAGGCGAAGGAGCUUCCGAAGACGAGGAAGAAGAGUCGUUUUAUCGCGAGAGAUACAUUCAGGCGUCUAAAGAACAUGAACAGCUCAGGAAGAAAUUGCAAAGUCAGGCCGAGCAAGAGAUAGAACAGCUCACCAGUCAGAAACGACUGCUGGAAAGAAAGUUGACAGAAGAGAAAACCGAAAACGAAGAAAUGCAGCGACAGGCCCUGAACAUGAAGAAGAAGACAUCUCGGGUUCAAUCAGAAAUGGAAGAUUUAAAACUACUGCUGGAGGAAGAACAAAGUAGAAAUGCCGAACUGGAGAAGAAACAGAGAAGGUUUGACUCGGAGAUUCAACGCGCCAAAGAUGAACUGAGCCACGAGCGAACUUUGAAAGAUAAAAUCAACAGGGAAAAAGAGAAAGCCCUGACAGAAAAAUACCAACUGGAACAUGAUUUGGCGGAAACGCAAGAAGAAUUGGAGAAGACGAAAAAAGAACUGGAAAAGAUUGAGGGCGAUAUAAACGAUAUCACCAAACAAGGGCUACAAGGAGGAGAUGUUGUUGCAUUGAAGAAAACCAUCAGAGAACUGGAACAGAAAGUUCAGGAUCAAGAAGAAGAACUUGACGAUCAAGCAGGACAGAUCCAAAUGCUUGAUCAGGCCAAGCUUCGUUUAGAGAUGGCCGCCGAACAUGACAAACAUAUGGUGCACAAGGAUUUGGAGGCAAAAGACGAGGAAAUGGAACAGCUCAGAUAUAACAUGCAGAAAAAGAUCAAGCAACUCGAGGCACAGUUAGAAGACGAAUACCAGGAGAAAACCGCAGCUGUUAAGUCCAAACGGGAAGUCGACAGACGACUCGAGGAACUCCGCGAUCAUUACGAACGAGGCGACGCCGAGACCGAGAGGAAACUGAGACGAGAACUGAAGAAGACCAAAGCUCUUCUGAGAGAUGCUCAGGCGGUUAUUGAAACUCAGUCCCAAAAGCUUCCAAAAGAAAGAAACCAGAUGAAGGCUUUGAAAAACCAGUCCCAAAAGCUUCCAAAAGAAAGAAACCAGAUGAAGGCUUUGAAAAACCAGCUUGAAGACGCGGAAUUUGCUGCUCAGUCCGCUCUGAAGAGCAAGAAAAAACUUGAAGAGGACGUGGCCGAUCUACAGAGUCAACUGGAUAUUUUGUCCAAGUCCAAGAAAGAGCUUGAGACAAAGUACAUGACGACGCUUAAGGAGAACUCUGAACUGCAAGGUAAAGUAGACGAAGACGAAGACGACAUUGAUUCACUGACGGAGAAGAACAGACAACUUGUCAAACAGCUGACCGAACUUCAGACGACACUGCGUGACCGCGAGGCUACCAUUCAGGAGAUGACAACUCAACACGAAAACCUGGAAACUAAGGUUCAGCACAUGUCGAAUCGUCUCUCGUACUUGGAAGAGUCCACGGUGGAAAAACAUCAAUUUGAGCAAAUGGAAAGCAAGAGAAGAGAACUAGCCACGCAGUUGGAUUUGGAAGGAUCAUUUAAGAAACGACAAGAGGUUCAAGUCGGCCGGUUAAAGGACCAAGUUCAAAAACUCAAUGACGAAAAGGAGGACAUUCAGCUCAGAGAAAGCAAACUUACUCAGGAGAACGCUAGACUGGAUCGUCAAAUGCGAGAGUUAAAGGAAGAGAUGGCCUCACUAUCGAGACAGGAAGAAGAACACAAGAAAAGAAAGACCGAUGCCGAAAGAGAGGUUGAACAUCUUGAAGGAGUUGUAGCAAACUUAAAACAAGAAUUAGGCUUGGCAAAGAAACGAGUAAGUGAACUCCAGCACGCCUUGGAGGACGACAUGCAUUAUGACUCGGAUGGCAUGUCUAGAGAUGAUGAUGACGAUGAUAUAGACCUCAAUUUAAGCGACGAUUCCGAUGACUUUAAAGACAGUGGUUCGCGACCGUCGGAGCCGAGGUCUUAUCGAUCACUCGACGAACUCGACGACGAGGAUGACCUCAGUGAUCGGCUCAAACGAAAACUGAACGAUCUCAAAGACGAUUUACCUCGUUCGACAAGAGGAUCGCGACCUCCCGCCGAUUCGGUGGAUUCGGACGUAUUCGAUGACCUCAAUGACUCGCGAAAGGGCGGUCGGAGGGUAAGCCAAGAGGGUCGACCCCAUCGGAGAUCGAGAUCGGGAACCGACGAAAAUGAUACGAGUGUCGAAAAGAGACAAAGGAGAAGUGAAGAGAAGAGAAGAAAAAGCGUUGAGAAGAGUAGAAGUUUCGAGAAGAAAUCCACCGAUAAUUCAAUACAUUGACGAGAGGAGUACAUUGUUGUAAAUGAUUUUUUGCGGUGAAAACCAUUUUACGACGUCUUUGAACACAGAUUUACGGUUAGCGCAUCGUUGAUUGUGGUGACCGUCCCGAAAAUAUAUCCUGUCAGGUGAGGAACAGUAGUUAUUUGACAGGAAAACUGCCACAGAACAGCUAAAGAGUGGCACGGAUUGACAUCACUUCGAAGAGCUUGAAAACAAACCUUGAUUACUGGAAACUCAACAAUUACGGAUUGAUUUUUUAGAAUAGUGUUUGAUAACUGACAGUGAGGAGAAGCUCUAACGAUGACAAGUAUGAAAGCGGAUUACAAUGUGGACAAACAUAACAACACAAGCUUUUCGUUUUCGACAUUGUUUCCUUAAAUUAGAGGUCAUUGGGGUUUAUUUCAUGAAUCGUAGCAAUAUUUAUUUCCGUUGCAGCAAAUACCCAGUGAACAAAAAACUCGGAUGUUAGUGAUAAAAUUGUAAAGAACUCGCUGUAUCGAACAACAUUCCUAACGAACCAAUUUUGUACAAGCUGGUUUGUUCGUUAUGUCGGUUCGAUGUCGCAGUGAAAAUCUCCCAACCACGAGGUACAAUAUGUGUAUUACAAAUUGUUUCGAAAUAUCUCUGUGGUGAAGAGAAUGUUGUACUUCGAGCUGAAAGGCGUAAUUUAAGGUAAUUUAUGUUGCGUUACAUAGUUACAGACAUGCCUUAUGACGUGAGUCGAAUUAUGGAAUAGAUAUGCUAUCCUUCCUUUUCAGAAAUACUAGUUUUUGCAGGUGAAAAUAUAAAAAAGGAAAAGAUAGUAGAAACGAACUUAAUCAACGACAUGAUCUCGUAAAGUGAACUGUACAAAACCCGGACUGUUCAACAAAUGCUUUUACUGGCUUUUGUUUGGCUUUACGAGCAAGAGAGCUCUGGAAGUUCUUGAAUAAUAACAGUAGAUAUGGUCAAAGAAAAAUCCGCAGAAAAUUUUGUUAUAGUUAAUCUUCUGGUGCCCCGAAAGGCAAGCUAAACAUUUGUGGUCUCUGAUGUGUCGUUUAAAAGGCGCCAUUUGAUUGGUUACAUUUUACAGCCAAGUUUGGAAGAAGCCAAUCUGCACGAGUUGAUCACGUGCCCCUUGUAAAGUGUAACCGUGACUCGUCAAUUGUUGAGUCUAAAUUUGGACUAGGCUUAAAAUCAUUCCCAGUGAUCGCAAAUCAAAUUUGAUUUGGUGAUUUAAAAUGAAGCUAUUAACUCUCUAAGCCCCAAUAUCAUCAUCAAAUUCUCCUGACUGUUGUCAAUACAUUUCGUAAAUUUUUUGUUGGGAGAAUAUGUUAAAACAUCGAGAAUAUUUCGCUUGGUGAUCAUUUCACUAAUUCUCAUAACGUACUCUUAACUAUGCACAGAACAUUGUGAGGAGAAAUUGUUUACUCGUCAUUGGGGUUUAAGGUGUUAGAUACGGUUCCAUAAAACAGAUUAAUUGUUGCACAAGCCUUGCUCGUAUAUGUAAAUCACUUGAAGAUAUUUUAUAUUAAUGACUGAACAGAGUUAAUUUAGUUAGAGUAGUUAUUUUUGUAAGUGUUGUUUCGUCGCUAUGUUGGCUGUAAAUGAGGGAUUUGAUGGGUGUAAAUACAAGUGACAGACCCUUAACGUUGA